AUGGGAAGAAGCAGAAGAAGGAUUGCUGUUUUUCCUGCUUUUGCCAUUAUCGCCAUUGUUCUUGGCCUUCUUGUUGCUCGGAGGAACAUGAAGGUGCAUAUAGCAUCAUACUCUUUGGAAACUAACUUUCCUAUGCAAUCAGGUGCUAUUGUUGGAGUCAACUAUGGGAUGUUAAGCAACAAUCUUCCUCCAGCAGACUUGGUGAUUAAGUUCUGCCAGUUUAAAAACAUCCAUCUCUUAAGAUUGUAUGAGCCACAUUCAAAUGCACUCGAUAGCCUAAGAAGGUCGAACAUCAAAGUUGCACUCGGCAUGAACAACGACAUAGUAACAAGCAUUGCUAUGGGUGUAGAUUUCGCCAUGGAAUGGGUUAACUCCAAUGUUGUCCCUUAUGCUAAUGAAGUAGAUAUCGAAUGGAUCAUUGUAGGCAACGAGAUGGUGCCCGGUCCUUCUGCUGACCUCAUCCCUCAAGCCAUGAACAAUAUAUUGAGUGGCCUUAAUUCAGCCAGGUUAUCUAAUAUCAAAGUCUCGACGGUGGUAAAUGUCAAUGUCUUGGGUGUGUCCUCCCCUCCUUCCGCAAGCUUCAGCGCAGAAACAAAUAAAUCUAUGCAAGGGAUCGUAGCAUGGUUAGCAGGUACAAAAAACCCGCUGUUUAUCAAUGUGUUUCCUUAUUUAGCCUUAGCUUCAAGGCCUAAGGAGAUACCGUUAGAUUAUGCACUUUUCAAUGCACAACAACCUAUAAUCGAUGGGACAUACAAGUACUAUAGUUUGUUUGAGGCUAUGGUAGACGCGUUUUAUGUUGCCUUAGGGAACAUCGGUGGGGAUAGUGUGACUCUGGUUGUGUCUGAGACAGGGUGGCCUACUGCUGGGAAUGAUCCUUAUACUAGUAAGCAAAAUGCACAAACUUACAAUCAGAAACUCAUUGAUAAAAUGAAGCGAACAGGAACACCAAGAAAGCCAAAAAAUCUUUUGGAUAUCUUUAUAUUCUCUGUGUUUAACGAGGAUAAGAGGGCAGCUGGAAUUUACCAAAAUUGGGGGAUUCAUUACCCAAGCUUGGAACCUGUGUAUCCCUUGACAUUUUAG